GAGGCGGAAGUUCCGCGGAGGGCUUCCCUGCCCGCUGCCCGCUUCCCACUGCCCGCUGUCCGGACCCUCCCCUUGGCUCUGUCCUGCUCUCUCCUGCCGCGCCAGACCCCGUGGGUCAGUGUCAUGUGACUUCGGCUCCUGACCUCGAGCCUGGGCCGGGACCCCUAGGGUCUCCCGUGACAAGCCUAUCUGUGCCGUGUGCCAUGGUGGUGCUGUGGGCCCUCGGGCUGGCCUUGGCUGCAGGUCUGGCUGCCACCUGCCCACCGAACAUCGUGCUGAUCUUUGCGGAUGACCUGGGCUACGGGGACCUGGGCUCCUACGGCCACCCCAGCUCCACCACCCCCAACCUGGACCAGCUGGCCACAGCGGGGCUACGGUUCACGGACUUCUACGUGCCCGUGUCCCUGUGCACGCCCUCCCGGGCUGCCCUCUUGACCGGCAGACUCCCAGUUCGGUCGGGUCUGUACCCUGGAGUUUUGGAGCCUGGCUCCAAAGGGGGUCUGCCCCUGGAGGAGGUGACCCUGGCUGAGGUCCUGGCUUCCCGAGACUACCUCACGGGAAUGGCUGGCAAGUGGCAUCUUGGGGUGGGGCCUGAGGGGGCCUUUCUACCGCCCCAUCAGGGCUUCCAUCGAUUCCUGGGCAUCCCAUACUCCCAUGACCAGGGCCCUUGCCAGAACCUGACCUGCUUCCCACCGGCCACCCCCUGCGAUGGCAUCUGUGACCAGGGCCUGGUCCCGGUCCCACUGUUGGCCAACCUGUCUGUGGAGGCACAGCCUCCUUGGCUGCCUGGACUGGAGGCCCGCUAUGUGGCUUUCGCCCGUGACCUCAUGGCGGAUGCCCAGCGCCAAGGCCGCCCAUUCUUCCUGUACUACGCCUCCCACCACACCCACUACCCACAGUUCAGUGGGCAGAGCUCUGCUGGGCGCUCGGGCCGAGGGCCAUUCGGGGACUCCCUAAUGGAGCUGGAUGCGGCUGUGGGCGCCCUGAUGGCGGCCCUGCAGGACCUGGGGCUGCUUCGACAGACACUGGUCAUCUUCACAGCAGACAACGGACCGGAGACCAUGCGGAUGUCCCACGGUGGCUGCUCCGGCCUCCUGCGGUGUGGAAAGGGAACCACCUUCGAGGGCGGUGUCCGAGAGCCUGCCUUGGCCUUCUGGCCAGGCCAUAUCACUCCUGGAGUGACCCAUGAGCUGGCCAGCUCCCUGGACCUACUGCCCACUCUGGCAGCCCUGGCCGGGGCCCCACUGCCCAAUGUCACCUUGGAUGGUGUGGACCUCAGCCCCCUGCUGCUGGGCAUAGGCAAGAGCCCCCGGCAGACUAUGGUCUUCUACCCAGCCUACCCCGAUGAGGUUCGAGGGGUCUUUGCUGUGCGGAAGGGGAAGUACAAGGCCCACUUCUUCACCCAGGGCUCCACCCACAGUGACACUACCUCAGACCCCGCCUGCCACGCUUCCAGCCCUCUGACUUCCCACGAGCCCCCACUGCUCUUUGACCUGUCCGAGGACCCCGGUGAGAACUACAACCUUCUGAGGAAUGGGGCUGAGGUCGCCCCCGAGGCCCUGGAGGCGGUGAAGCAGCUGCAGCUGCUCAAGGCCCAGUUUGAUGCUGGCGUGACCUUUGGCCCCAGCCAGGUGGCCCUGGGCGAGGACCCUGCCCUGCAGAUGUGCUGCAAGCCAGACUGUAGUCCCUGGCCGACCUGCUGCCACUGCCCAGAGCCCCCACCUUGAGGGCGCCAGCCCAGGCCUCACCCUCACAUUGCAGGGGCUGGGGUGUGUGGACGGGGUUUGCCUGUGACCUAAUAACACCAGCUGACACUUGUA